ACCAUGAACAGAACUUCUCCUUCUGGCUUUCUUAUAUCUUCUCCUGCUACUAGUGUAAGUACUCCAUCAUCUCAUGUUGUAAUGAGCCCUUGUGCUGCAUGUAAAACCCUAAGGCGUAAAUGUGCAGACAAAUGCUUGUCGGCACCAUACUUUCCUCCCACUGACCCACUCAAGUUCACCACUGUUCAUCGCAUUUUCGGCACCAGCAACAUCAUCAAGCUCUUACAGGACCUUCCGGAGUAUGAGAGGGCAGACGCAGUGAAUAGCAUGGUGUACGAGGCGAAUGCGAGGGUGAGAGAUCCUGUUUAUGGAUGCACCGGAUUGAUUUGUCAACUUCAGAAGCAAGUCAUUGAGCUCCAAGCACAAUUAGCUAUGGCACAAUCCGAGGUUGUCACAAUGCAAUGCGAGCAACCAAACCUCGACGCCUUGAUUUGCUCGGAAAUGGCACAACAAUCACGUAGCACUACUACUACUCCACAGAGUUUCCAAAGUAAUCCGAACUACCAUAACAAUCAAGGCUAG